AUGCUUCGUUCCAACCCUCGUAAGGACCGCCGACUGCUUGAACCCUGCUAAAUCAGAACAUACGAAGCUUCUCGAUCACAUCGAAAGCGAAACUUGCUUCGGGGAUCCCUUCUCUGGUCUCAAAUUCAAAUGUUUGCUCGGUGUGUACGAAAUGGCAAACGAUGCUAUGCUGCGAUGGCAUUGCUUGAAUUUCUCCUAGCCCCUAGUAAAGCGAAUGACAAACGAAGUUAAUGCAUUAGUAGGCCAACAAAGAGGUAUAAAAGACGCAAGAGAGUGAGCUCUUGUUGAAACACAUCGAAUCCUCACAUCUACUGAAGCAUUAUCACCACCAUGACUACUAUCCCAGUUCCGGGUACAUACGUGAUCUACAACAUCCAAUAUUCCAGCCAAGAUGUCGAUCUGAAGUUUGGCAAUGUUACUGACGGCGCUCCUGUCGUCGGUUACACCUAUAACGAAGGCAGCGAGAACAUGCUGUGGUACUUGAAGGUCGUCGAUGAAGAAAAGGGUCUGGUGCAGUUGGUCGACCUCGCCACCAACAGUUGGGCUGGAGUCGCUGGUGAAACCAAGGGCUCUGGGAUCAUAGGAACCUCCGUCGAAACCACUUUCAAACUCCACGAGAGGAAGGAUGGAGAGUAUGAGCGAGUAUCCUUUCUCUAUCAUGUGUCUUCAGGCUCAAACGAUGCGCUCAGGAUUCAGACACCUAACUCUGAGCUCGUCUGGCAGCUACCUGACGGAGACGACUACACCCAGAUUAUCCUCUCCCCUCCCGUCAGCUUCUAUGAUGACCAGGUUUGGCAGUUCUAUGCAGUUGACGGUAAUUGAGGUGAAGACACUGAAGAGGGAGGUGGAGUCUUGACAGCAAUGACGUUUCAUCAUUGGCACCAACAUUGGACUAACAAUAUUC